CAAGUGCCUUGGCAUCGAUGCCAACAACCGGCGCGAACAGUGCCUUGAGACGCGGCGCCGCACGAACGAAAGUUGCGAACGAAGUUGGCCACGUUCGCGCCGAGCGCGCUCGGCCUCCUCAUUGGCCAUUGACCCGCGCCGGCUGGCGGCGAUUGGUCGGGAGCGGAAACGGAGCGAUGCCUCGCUGGCGCGACGUCACGAGUGUCGCGCGAUCAACCCCGGUUAUCGGCGCGAGGGAGAAAUCGAAGGUGCGCGCGCGCAACCGUGUCCGUCCGUCCGGCCGCAAUUACGCACGGAUACACCCACGCGAAUAUUCCUAUCGUCGCGACGCAGAUGCACGUGCGCGCGAGAGAGCGCGUUACGUAUCGGCGCGUAUCGCGACUCGCGCGCCUGCGAUAUUCGGAAGUCGCGGGAGCAUCGACGGGCGCGGCGGGCCAGCAGUGCGCGCGCGAUGCGGUCGCGGUGUGGUGGUGACGCGCUCGUUGCACUCGACCGAUCGACUGCGGGAUAGUGGUGGUAGUAAUAGUAGUAGUAGUGACUCGAUGUUCGUGCGUGGACGGUUGAGAUAAGCAGCGCGGGGGACUGAGUGCGCGCGGAUCCCGUUUCGCCUUCGGUUUUCUCGGUCUCGUUCUCGCGUUUGACCGUUCGCCUCGCCCGCGUCCGCCAACGCGCGGUCUGCCGCGUUAGACUCGCGUCGCCGUCCUCCACAGGCCACACUCGUCCUGCCGAUGUAACGGACGCACACACGCUCGCACGAUGCUCAAAGACCACUCACCGAUCGCCCAGGCGCUCCUCGGCACCCUGUUCACGUGGGCGCUUACCGCGGCCGGCGCUGCGCUGGUUGUCGUCAUUCGAGGGAAACAACGCAAGCUCCUCGAUGUCAGCCUGGGGUUUGCUGCUGGCGUGAUGCUUGCCGCGAGUUACUGGUCAUUGUUGGCACCAGCGAUUGAGAUGGCAACCGAGAGCAAGAUAUACGGAGCGGAGGGCGAGUACGCGUUCGUGCCGGUCGCAGUUGGACUUCUUGUCGGCGCGGCGUUCGUAUACGGGACGGACGUGUUGAUAUCUACCCUCGGCAUUCAGUCCCCCAAUGUGCUUUUAGCUAUGCAAUCAGUCGGUACGAAACAAAGACGCAAAGUUAUUGCGAAACUAAAGAGUGACGAGGACUUAGACGAUGAUCAUGAUCAGUUAAUUAACAACGUACAGAUUUCCGGUGGAAAGAUAUGCACUCGCGUCGGGUCGACCACUAUCGACGGCUUCUACGAACAGAAUAGUAGACGUCGACAAAUCACGAAUAUUAACAGAACACCGGAAUCGGCGGAAAUCGGGACAAUUUAUGAAGAUCCUAAUAAUGAAGCGAAAAACAACCAGUGGCGAAGGAUAUUACUACUAGUUGUUGCAAUUACGGUACAUAAUAUUCCUGAAGGCCUUGCAGUUGGUGUAGGCUUUGGCGCAGUAGGCAGUAGCUCAUCUGCAACAUUCGAGAAUGCAAGGUAAGCGACAGUUAUGCAUCACGGUACAUUAUCAGCAUAAUAGUAAUAUGAUACGAUACUUUUUAAUAAACAAAAAAUAUAUAAUUACAUAAAGAAAUACAUAUCGCCAUUGCAUUCUUUGCUGGACGAUGCGUUUUUAUAUAUUAUAUGUAUAUAUUGUUUUAAAAAUAUUUACAAGUUUUAUAAAUCUGAAUAAUAUAUGUACAUUUAUCAAUUUUGUUAUAAAUUAUAUUAAUUGAUGGAGAAAAUAAUUGCGUGUAGCAAUUAUAUAAAACAAAGGAAAAAAAUAAUCUCUUAGCUACGUGAUACGAUCUUAACUACUCGCAAUGUUUAAUAAAGGCUGUACUCUGCUAUUACUGGUUUAGAUCAAUCUUGUCUAUGCAAUUGAUUACGCAAGUCACGAAGGUUAAAUACGAAGUUAGUGAUGUGGUGGAUUUUAAGUAUGACAAACAGUCUUUGCAUACGAAAUCGAAAAAAGAGAGGAAUCUUAAUGUAGAAAACAAAAAUUCAAGCACAUUAUCUCCAUUCCAAUCUAUAGAAGCGCAAUGCAUUUGAAAUUUAGAGGCCGAUGGCAUUCCAUAUUAUUAAUUGAUUAUAGAGAAUCACAGUAUUGAUAUCGCAUUCCAAACGCAACGCGUCAUUAAAAACGUUUAUGUAAUAAAAUAUACACGUUAUUAUUAGAGAUAUUAUAAUUUGGAUCUAGAUAUCAAAUUUUUCAAAAAAAGUUAUGCUAAUUUUUUAGUAACUCAAUAUUCUAAAGUUUUUUGGUAAUUUGGUAAGAAUAAUAAUUUGCAGAAGUUAAUUAAUGAACUAUACCGAAAAUUUGUAGAAUAAUUAGAAAUAAUCUAAUAAUCAGUUUGCAACUAUAAUUUAUAUGAGAUAAACCAAGCAUGGAUUGGAAAAAGUUCAAUCAAGUAAACGUUAUCGGGUAUAUUAAUUUUAUGAUUCCAUAAGAUUUUGCAGGGAAAAGCUGAAAUAUUAUAUUUAGUAACAUCUAUUGCAUAACAUUACUAUCUACACACAGCAUUACUUUUCCGCUCUUCGUAAUUCUUAUAUUUCGUGUUAGAUGGCAGCAGCGUGAAAGUAGACAGGGCAUGCAUGAGCACAAGUAUUCGUUAGAAAUAAAAAUUUCUUCAAGAACUAUUCGUCAUAGAAAACAUGAUCGUUUUGUAUCAUCUAAUGUGCAUAUAAAUAUAUAUAAAGUCUUUAAAUAAGUAAAAUUUAAAUACAAAUCUAUAAUUAACAGAGAUAGUCUUUCAUACUGAAAAUAUAUAAAUAUUCAUUUACUCAGAAUUUUCUCUUUAUCUAAUAUCUUUUGUUUUUCUAGACUUAAGUAUAAAGAUAACUGGUAUUUCUAGUUACAAAAUUACGCACACACAUAAUGGUAAAGGGGAAAACUACGAAUUCGCUAUGAUCCAUUCCGGUUUGAUUCGGUAUUGUUCAACUCACACUUUACACUUAAUUGAUUAGAAUUCUCACAUGACUUGUGCGGAUUGCGCCAGCUGUCUCUCCCAGAUACUCACUCGAUCUAAACAAGCGAAAUAAGAACAAGCCGAACAAUACUCGAUCGAAACUAAAUCGAACGAAAAUGAAUCAUCGUCCCCGCACUCAUGCGCGGUUUUUUCUUUCCAAUAAUCUCCUUCUCUGUCUGUCCAUUGGCCACAUGUGCCAUGUACGUGCAUAUUCUUGAGCCGAUGAUUCGCGAGGUCGCGGGCGAUCGGCAAGCCGCGGCGUGGUAGGAGGUCUCCAUGAAUGAGCUCUAUGGUGGUCGGCCGCGACCGCCAGUUGGAGGCGAAGUUUAUUGGCUUCGGUCGGUGCCUGUGGGGUGCGGGUGCGCAGGGAGGGAAGGGCACGUGUGGCCCUGGAAUCCGACGAGCCCUAGGCGCCGCGCAUUCCAUUCCAGCCAUCCCUCCUCUCCCCCUCGCUUCUCCCUCCACCUACUCUACUCGCGCCUACGUGUCCUGCUUCUUCUUUCAUGCCGCUGCUGCCUCUUUCAUCUCGCCUCGCCUCGCUCCGACUCCCUCGCGCGAUGAAUUCGCUUUCUUCAGUUUGCGUUUGCUUUGCGACAUUUUGUAUCUGACGGAUGUCUUUUCUGACGAAUGAUGUUUCAAGGCAGUUUUUAUAGUGAAUCAUCGUACUCGUUAAUAUUACGUUAUGUUACGUGUACAUUAAUCUAGCGAAAAAUCUUAAUGCGAUAUUGAAUGAGUAACAAAAGAGAAAAAAAUCAAAUGCUUAUCUCUGUGAUCAAGUGAACGUAUGCACGUGGCUGUGCACGUGCAAUGUUGAAUGUUAGCUCCGAUUUGCCUGAUUUCUGAAGCAUCAUUAUUUGUAUAAUAUGACAAAGAGGAUGGCUGUUUCUAACGUUUUAUUUAUGACCGUUAUAUAAUUUGCAAGCAGAUAUAUGACAUCGUGUUAUCAGUCUUUACAAUUGACGAACGUGGUUAACUAAGCAAUCUUCCUGCGUUUUGUUUGUUAUAUUGAGAAUUAAGCACUAGUCAUAAGAAACAAGUUUUCUUCAAGAUAUUUAGAUUUAAAAUUUAAAAAUCAUGUAGAGUACCCAAAAAAUAAUUAAACGCCGAAAGGGCGAGGGGGAGUAACAUAUACUUACAAAAUGCUUGCUAAAGUAAGUUUUAUAUUUUAUGACUAUAAACGAUAUAUACUCAUACUGUGAAUAUGAUAUGAAAGGAGUGAAAAAAUAGACAAUGUUUAUAUUAAUUUUGCAAAAUUAAUGAAUGAAGAGCCAAUGCUGAUAAAUAAACACAAAAUAAAGACUGCAAAUAGUAGAACAUUUAACAGAUAUAGCGUUGAAAUAUCGUUUAAUUAUCGAAUUUUGUCUUCACAGUAUUCACUUCAGCAUUUAUAAAAAAAAAAAGAAAA